AUGUACAAGAAAUCUAACAUGACACAACUGCGAAUAGCAAUACGAAUGUGCGUAAAAUUCUUCAUCUACGGUUUAAUCAACAAUCAACGCCACUAUCUGAUUUUACGCUUUUUCAAGGAUGAACAAUGGUCUUAUCACUUAACACGUCAUAACAUUGCGAGGAAACAGCAACAAUUACAAUUGGAUUUCUCAAUGCAACUGUCAAUUAAUUGUAGCCUUGCUUUACUUUCCAAAACGAAAAUAUUAAGUUUUCUAGAGAUUCAAUUCAUCCAUUUAUUUAAUGAAGCAGAUAAGAACAACUCAGGAAAUCUAUAA